ACAAACAAAAAGUUAUUUCAAUAUAAAUAUAAAAUAAAUAUACCUUAGCCUCAUAGCAGAGAAGAAUAUUACAGCUAUGUUCAAAGUCCCAAGUUCAAUCCCCACUACUACAGGAAAUGGAAAGGAAUGAAUAAUAAACAGACAAACCUCUCAUCCUCCCCUUAAUACUCACCAGGCUCAUAAUUCAGGAUUUGGUUUGAUUUUCCUCUAGGUGUCAUGAGGUAGGCAUUCCCAUUUUGCAAGAGAGAAACCUGAGUUCAGAAUUAGUUAAGUAACUUUGCUAAGGAAUACCUCUUCUAAGCCUCAUGGGAAGACCUUGCUGGUGGUGGGAGACCUUGGCCCAGGUGGGCAGCAGCCCCGCCUGAAGGUGCUCAAAGGACCCACAGUACUGACAGAAAGCCCACUGCCUGCCCUGCCGGCCUCGGCUGCCACCUUCCUCAUGGACCAACACGAGCCCAGGACACCUGCCCUAGCACUCGCCUCAGGACCUUGUGUCUAUGUUUAUAAGAACCUUCGACCCUACUUCAAGUUCAGUCUGCCCCAGUUACCUCCAAACCCUUUGGAGCAAGACCUUUGGAACCAAGCCAAAGAGGACCGGAUUGAUCCCUUAACCCUGAAGGAGAUGCUGGAGGACAUCAGGGAAAAGGCAGACGUGCCUUUGUCUGUGCAGUCUCUCAGGUUUCUGCAGCUGGAGCUGAGUGAAAUGGAGGCGUUUGUGAACCAGCACAAGUCCAAGGUUAUCAAGCGGCAGACAGUCAUCACCACCAUGACCACCCUGAAGAAGAACCUGGCUGAUGAGGAUGCCGUGUCCUGUCUGGUGCUAGGCACUGAGAACAAGGAACUCCUAGUGCUGGACCCUGAGGCCUUCACCAUUUUGACCAAGAUGAGUCUGCCCAGUGUCCCCGUCUUCCUGGAGGUUUCCGGUCAGUUUGAUGUGGAGUUCCGGUUGACUGCUGCCUGCCGAAAUGGGAGCAUCUAUAUUCUGAGAAGAGACUCCAAACACCCCAAGUACUGCAUCGAGUUGAGUGCCCAGCCUGUGGGGCUGGUCCGUGUACACAAGAUCCUGGUGGUGGGCAGCACCCAAGAGAGUCUGCAUGGCUUCACCCACAAGGGUAAGAAAUUGUGGACAGUGCAGAUGCCUGCAGCCAUCCUGACGAUGAACCUCCUGGAGCAGCGAUCCCGGGGCCUGCAAGCUGUCAUGGCUGCUCUGGCCAAUGGGGAAGUCCGAAUUUACCGAGACAAGGCCCUGCUUAAUGUCAUCCGUGCCCCGGAUGCAGUAACCAGCCUGUGCUUUGGCCGAUAUGGACGAGAAGACAACACCCUCAUCAUGACUACUAGAGGUGGUGGCCUGAUCAUCAAGAUCCUGAAGCGCACAGCAGUGUUUGUGGAAGGGACAGGUGAGGUGGGCCCACCACUAGCACAGACAACAAAACUCAACGUGCCCCGAAAGACCCGGCUGUAUGUGGAUCAGACCCUGCGGGAGCGAGAAGCUGGCACAGCCAUGCACCGGACCUUUCAGACUGACCUCUACCUGCUGCGCCUGCGAGCUGCCAGAGCCUAUGUUCAGGCCCUGGAGUCCAGCCUGAGCCCCAUGUCAACCACAGCUCGGGAGCCACUCAAGCUGCAUGCUGUGGUUCAAGGCCUGGGCCCCACCUUUAAGCUCACACUUCACCUACAGAAUACCUCAACGGCUCGGCCAGUACUGGGGCUGCAGGUCUGCUUCCUGUAUAACGAGGCACUCUAUGCCCUGCCUCGGGCCUUCUUUAAGGUUCCCUUGCUGGUACCAGGACUCAGUUACCCACUGGAGACCUUUGUGGAGAGUCUCAGUAGCAAGGGCGUCUCAGACAUGAUCAAGGUGCUAGUGCUUCGGGAAGGCCAGAGUGCUCCCCUGCUGAGUGCCCACAUCAACAUGCCCGUGAGUGAGGGUCUGGCAGCUGCCUGAGCCAUGGACCACCAUUCAAGCCUCCACAAAAUGGAGCAGGUCAGACCCAGUGACUUCCAGUGUCACCAGACUACUUCCCCUGGCAGCAAUGUAUGAGACAUCAGCUCCCUGUACCUCUCUGAAACAGUCCCUUGCUCCUCACCUCUGCCAGUGGGCCUGAGCAAGAAGACAUGGAGUGCUCAGAAUCAGCUCCUCCUCCCUCACAACCCACCCAAGCACUGUCCCUCAGUUCCUGCUGCCUGCCACUCUCACCAGGUCCCAGGAAGAGAUGUGAGGUGGUAGGGUGAGCAUAGCAUAACCACAGUUCCUCCCUCCCUCCCUCCCCCUUCUUUCUUUCCUUCCUUCCUCCCUUUCUUCCUUCCUGCCACUCACCUAUUUCAGGUCAAGGCCACAGUUGAUCGAGGGCUUGAGAUGUCUGCUGGUACUGAUCCUCUGUUGCCCUUUGAAGUUGCAGGGUGUGGAUGCUGUCAGCUUAGUUUACAGGCACAUGUGCUAAGCUUUCCCAGCUAAAGAGGGGCUCCACUUUCUACCCUGAAGCCCAGGAGUCACAGGGCUGUCCCUGGGUCCUAGAUGAGCCACAGAGAUUGCCAGAGGAGGUGGUGCAAGAAGUAGAUAGAAUCCAUGUGAAGAGCUAGAUCCAAGCAGCAGCUGCUCCUGACAUGGAUGCCCAUGUCCAGAGACAGUAUUUUGAAAUGGAAUGCCAAGCUCAAUAGUGGAGCUAGGGCUGGUGGCACUGGGAGAGGUGCAGACCUAGGAUCUGGGAAGUGACCCAAGAGGCAGAUGCCGACAAGUGCCUGUCAGAAUUCACUUAGGUCCAGGAUCCCAAGAUGGUCCUGAGGGUGAAAUACUGUGCAGUGGCCAGAAAAUGCCUGGGGUCACUGAAAAGGUACACCCCAGGGGGAUGGAAUGAAGUUGAAGACUAAAGGGAGAUGUCUUUAGAUCUCAAGUGUCAGGACCCCUGGCCCCCCUCCCCUCAGAGACUGUUCUGGAUCACUUCAGAAGCAGGAGCCCUGUUCUGGGGAGAGCAACAUUUCCCCAGUCUGAUCAGGUUCAGCCUGGCGUGUGGCACCAGCUUAGGCUUGCAGGCUUCCACCUCCUCUCCAGUAUAAGAGGUUGGCCUGGAUUAACUCUAAGCCGUCGUCAGCUUUAGCACCAUUAGAGCUUGGCAGCUCCUCAGGAAAAAGAAAAGAAUCAGUCCAAGGUGAUAACUUCACUGCAUAGCUUUUGUCCAUAAAACCAAUGUCUCUAAGCUAGCCACCACUGUCCAGUAACAGCCUCUGUGCCCAUGUGGGGGCCAGGGUGGCACUGACCACCUUGACCCUUCCAAAGGGUACCAGGCUAAGAGACAGUGGGCCUGGACCAAAGAAACAGCAAUCCUCCUCCUCAUAUUGCCCAUCCCCCUCAAGACAGGCACUACCUGAGCAAGGAUAGCAAAGGGUUCUUUGUGCAUCAGCCAGCAGAGGCACAGCUGGACCACAAGGGAGGUCUAACUGGAGACAGGAAGAUGACAGUGGAGAGUGAGUAUUGCUGAGAGUCCGAGACCCCAGCCUAACCUGCAGCACUAAACAGGGAGGAAGGUCUGCCCAAGGUGUUGAGCCCCUGUCACUGCUGUCAUGUGAGUGGGCUGUGUUAUCAUCGCGCCAGGUUGGGUGUUGGAUCAUGACACCCCAGUCCUUUUCACCCAAGUCAAGCUGUGAAAUCAGAACAAAAAUAUUUGAUGUGUGCUCUCUCCAUAGCUAUUCAUGAUGAUACAAGGGGUAAGACAUAUGUUCAGGCCCUACAUGAAACACAGUGUCAUACUAUGCUUGCCUAGUAAGAAAUGCAUGCCAUGCACCCACUCUAUGCACAUAAAAGAAAAUGAAGUAUAAACAGUGCAGAGUAUCCAGUACUCAUGGGAGUGAGAGCUCUAGGAAAUUGUGAACUUAAGGAUGAGAAGAGUCUAUCUUUUUUAACAUAAUACUUAUAUUGAAACACACACCUAUGUAGUGAUCUGGAAUAGACUAUUUAAAGUAAAAUGUCCUCUCCCCAUUCCACAGGACCAUUCCAGUACAACAGCCAUUUUCAUUAUUUUAAAUAUAUAUAUUUCUCUCUCUCUUUCUCUCUCUCUCUCUCUCAAGAGGGGGGAGUAUGUCUGUGAGUACAGGUGCCCAAGGAGGCCAGAAAAGGAUCCCCAGGAGCUGGAGUUACAAGUGGUUGAGAGCUACCCAGUAUGGGUGCUGGCAGCCACACCUGGGUCCUUGGCUAGAGUAAGGGCUCUUACCCACUGAACGCCUCUCCAGCCCUGUACUCUCCUUCAGUCAUUCGUCUUAGACGGUGCCUAGUGCCUGUUGGCUCCCUGUUGUAACAGAUGAGUGUUUGGUGCUCUUGAGAUGCCUUCCCUGCCAUCCCCCCACCCCGCUCUCCUCUCCAUGUUUUAUAUAAUCAGUACUCACUGGUUACAUUGCUGUUUAUAUUGAUUUGUGAAAGUCUUAGUAAAGCUGAGAACUAACUAUAACCAUUUUUGAACUUUUAGAUGUUUUCAUGGAAUUAGCACUUGAUUUGACUUUUCUUUCUUUCAUUGCUUAGUUUUCUAAUAUACCAUUGAAAAUUCCCCCAUCCAAUCUCAGUUCAUUUCUCAGGACACUUCCUUCAUACCUUGCUUCUGUGUAGACUCCUCUAUAAGAAAGUUCCUUUUCCUGUUAUCCCAGGGUUAGAUCCCCUGAUUCCUGGGUUCCAUGUCUUCUUACUCUGCCCUCACUGGGUAGAACACAUCCAAGGGUAACUUCGCUGUAAAACCUACCUGUGAUGGUUAUUUCUAGCUGUCAACUUGACUAUAUCUGGCCUCCAUUCAGAAAUGAAGGGCACACCUGUGAGCCAGAUCUUGAGGCCGAAGACACAGGCUUUUGAUCUGGAUCUUAAAGCAUAGUGGCCAUGAAAAGCUCAGGCCCAGGGAAGGUAAUUCAUGCUUUUAAUCCCAGGAAACAGAGGCAAGCAGAUUUCUUAAGUUCAAGCUAGCCUGGGACAGAACAGAUUCCAAGUAAAGAACAUCUUGGGUCCAGACAUGGUGGUACACACCUUUAAUCUCAGCCAUACUUUCUGCUGGAGGCCUUUAUAAAUAAGGACAGUGGAAGAAGGAAGCCUUGCUUCUUCUUUGCUUGCUUGCACUGACUUGGCAGCACAUCUGUUGGAGCCUACUUCUUCAGGAUUCCAGCCUAUACAGAAGACCAGCUGAAAUACCCAGCCUCGUGGGACUGAGCAACUACUAGACUCUUGGACUGCCCAUUCACAGAUGCCCAUUGUUGGUUUAGUCGGAUUGCAGCCUGUAAGUCAUUCCAAUAAAUUCCCUUAAUAUAUAGAGACAUUCCAUAAGUUCUCUGACUCUAGAGAACCCUGACCAAGACACCACCCACAUCUUUAUACCACUGCUUGUCUGGACACUGCUGUGUUCAGCUCACAUAUGUAACAGUUUGGGUAGUAAAACAAAGCUGGGAAUAGUUUUCCUAUAGGCAAAGUUUCCAUGUCUUCUGUGUUCCGUCCUAAUUGUUACUUUGAAGUGUGAGUAGAUGGGCAUUCCUCCUCAGGGCUGCCCUGUUCUCUGUCUGGGACUCCAGUUAAGCUCAAUGUCUGACAAAUGGUCACUCCUGAGAGAACUAGAUUGAUUCUAAUUUUCUUCUCUCUUCUUUCAUGGUCAUCUUUUUGCUUUGUUUUCUGAGAAUGAGAAUUUUAUAAGCUUUUCUUAAGUUUCAGACUGUUUUUCUUAGUUCUCAACUCCUCUGUUCAGUCCUUAUAUUUUCUUCUCUUUAAGUUUUGCAUUUGUUUGUGUGUAGCCUAACAGCAUCCAAUUAAACAAAAA